GCCAGUGUUGGUUACCGUGGAGGAGGUUUAGUGAGGCUGAGGCAGGUGUUGUGUGUUUAUAUGCAUCAGCUGACUCCUGCCAACAUCUCCCAGGCUGCUGAUUCCUUCAUUUCCCGGAAUCUUCUUUCAUUCCUCACGCCAGCAAGAGGAAGUGAGUAUAAAACAUGGCUAUUCUCAGCAAGCUGUCAACCAUAUCUCAGUCUCGAGAUGCAAGAUUGUUUGGAGCCGCAUCCACAGCAGCAUUCCUGUACUGGAUAUAUUGUGUGUCCAGAGAAGGUGGAAGAGCUAAAAAGCAAAUAAAAGAUGAAGUGAAAUUUGUGGUCAACGAGUCUGGCAGUUCUGGUGAUAAAAGACGAGUACAUGUCAACAGAGAGUUUUUCAAAUCUCUCAGGGGCAUUUUGCGUAUUUUAGUGCCUGGAUUUUGGACUGCUGAAUCAGGCUUUUUAAUUCUUGUUGCUGCUACGCUUGUUGUUCGAAGCAUGUGUGACAUAUGGAUGAUACAUAAUGGCACACUCAUUGAGAGUGCAAUUAUCUCAAAGGACUUGAACCACUUCCUCCGGCACCUAGUUGAGCUUGUUCUUGCUAUGCCAGCUAUUUCACUCAUAAAUAAUGUUCUGAAGUAUGGUCUCUUUGAAAUGAAACUGCGUUUCAGAACUAGACUGUCUAAUCACCUGUAUGAUAGCUAUCUGAAGGGCUUCACAUAUUACAAAAUGAAUAACCUAGAUAACAGAAUCAGUAAUGCAGAUCAGCUAUUGACGCAGGACGUUGAGAAGUUCUGUGACUCUGUAGUAGAACUCUAUUCCAACAUCAGCAAACCAAUUCUUGAUAUUCUCAUAUAUGUGCAGAAACUGACCCAGGCCAUUGGUGGUCAGGCACCUGGUGUGAUGAUCAUGUAUCUCAUUCUGUCUGGAAGUCUCCUCACUCGCUUGCGUCGUCCCAUUAGCCGGCUAACAGUGACAGAGCAGCGACUUGAAGGAGAGUUUAGAUUCGUCAAUUCACGACUCAUCACCAAUUCCGAGGAAGUUGCAUUUUACCAGGGAAACAAACGAGAAAAGAAGAAUAUUGAUUCUUCAUUCAACCGACUUGUGAAUCACCUGCGUAGUUUCAUCUUCUUCCGGUUCAACAUGGGCUUUAUAGACAACAUCAUUGCAAAGUAUCUCGCUACAUGUGUUGGAUUUACUGUGGUAGCUUACCCAUAUCUCACACCAACUAAAUUGGCAAGUGGUGAUUACAAAACUCGAAUGCAGGACUACUAUACGAGUGGACGAAUGCUUGUGAAAUUGGCGGAGGCAAUAGGGCGGUUAGUGCUAGCUGGCCGAGAAAUGACGAGAUUAGCUGGCUUUACAGCUCGUGUUCAAGAACUCUUGACUGUUCUUAAAGAUUUAAAUACUGGAACAUAUAAACGAACAAUGUUGCAGAGCAAAGCCUCUAAUGGUAUAUUGGGUAGACCUCUUAUUCCUGGCACGGGAAAAGUCAUCACUGAAGAUAAUGUAAUUCGCUUUGAAAAUGUUCCACUGAUAACUCCUAAUGGAGAUGUCUUGGUUAAGGAGCUAAAUUUUGAGGUCAAAUCUGGCAUGAAUGUCCUUGUCUGUGGCCCCAAUGGUUGUGGCAAGUCUUCUCUCUUCAGGAUUCUUGGAGAGUUGUGGCCAGUGUUUGGAGGCUGUGUGACUAAACCUAGUGCUGGCAAGCUAUUUUACAUUCCACAGCGACCCUAUAUGACUCUUGGAACACUCAGGGAUCAGAUAACAUACCCAGAUUCAUAUUCUGAUAUGAUAGGCCGUGGGUACACGGAUAAUGACUUGAGAGAGCUUCUUGGUCGUGUUCAGCUCUCACACAUUCUGGAUAGAGAGGGCGGAUGGGAUGCAAUUGCCGAUUGGAUGGACGUCUUAUCUGGAGGAGAAAAACAAAGGAUUGCAAUGGCACGUCUAUUCUACCACAAGCCUCAGUUUGCCAUCCUAGACGAAUGCACCAGUGCAGUUAGUGUUGACGUUGAAGAUGGCAUGUACCAGUACUGUCGACAAGCUGGCAUCUCUCUCUUCACGGUUUCGCAUCGUAAGAGUCUGUGGAAACACCAUGAGUAUUAUCUUCACAUGGAUGGCAGAGGAGCAUUCGAGUUCAAGCUCAUCCAACCCGACACACAAGAAUUUGGUUCAUAGAGAGAGUGCCUGUUGUAAUCUUAAUUUUUUAAGGUUGAAGCACAGUAUUGGUAGCUGUAUUUUCAGAAGAAUGAUGUUAGUCAGAAUUUGUUUUUAGAAAUUCAGGCCCAAGGAGAUGUUUGCCAAAAUAGUUAUGAUUAUCAUAAAGAAAGUGCUAAACAGACAAGGGUCAUACAGCGCUGCAAAUAAUUAUGAUGAUGAUUGGUAAAUUAAAGAAAUUUUAUUGGUAUUAAAUAAGAUUUAAUUCAUAUUAAAGCUUUGAAGGGAAAAAUUUUUAAGCAUAUUCACUUAUUGUUUUAGUUUUAAAGUAAAUUUUUUUUACUUGAAUGAUCACUUCUUCAGGUACAGUGCUUAUACUUUUAAUUCUCCUAUUUCAUAAAAUAUUUUGUUAUUUUAACGCAUCAGCCAUUUCCAACCGAGGCAGGGUGACCCCAAAAAAAAAAAAAAAGAAGAAA